GCUCUUUAAACUCUGCAGAGAGCAUCUUGUCCGACGGUGUCACAACGUUUGAGGCAGUGUAAUAAGUAUUGUUAUUUUAAGUGAAGUGAUGGGAUCUACAGAAAUAAGGCUGCUUGGACUAGAGCUCCAGAACAUCUUCACACAAAGAUGUGAUGGUUGCUGAAUGCUUUUGCAUAACAUUAUUGAGAAAUGUUGUUGUCUAACGAAAAACCAGAGUUCUCAAACUCUGGUGAAACCAGCUCAUCAGUGGAUGAACAGUUACUAGAGAAUGUCAAGCCUAACCUCAUAAGUCUAACUUCAUCUGGUUCCUAUUCAAGUAAUCUUUUUUCUGAUAUGGGAAAUCACAAUGCUGAUCAUUCUCCAACAGAUCUACAAAAUAUGGUGGAAUUACAAAGUCUGGACAGCCAUGGAAUUUCUCUUAAGGAUGUAGAAACUUCCUUAGAUUCGUUUACUGUUAUAUUGGAGGAACCAAUAAAAUCUUCACAGAAUAGUUUAAAUGGCAAUGCAACCAAUUCAAACAUUUUGCAAAGUGGAGAGGCCUCGCACAUUUGUGCAUCUCCAAGUAGACAAAGGAAACACUCUGUCAAUACUCCAGAUCUUCUAGAAAACUGUUCACAAAUAUCAGCUGAACAAAGAAAUGGUGGAAAAACUCAUGCUGAAACAUUUAGAUAUCUGAAACGAAACUGGUCAUCAGUUCAAGAUUUAUCAACUCUGCCUUUUUAUUCCCAAAAAAAUGAACCUGAAUUCACAUAUUUAAUACAUAACCCAUGCCAGUCAUCUACAACAAUUUCAUCAGUUCAGAAGUCUAAAGAUUCAGGCUUGCCACGCUCGCUGAGUUGUCUUAGUCUGGGGAGUGGUGUCAAACCAUAUGAUCAUGUUCAGAGCAAAGUAAGAGAGUACAUUAGUCAGAUAAAGAAAACUGAAUCAGAAAGAAAGAAAAAUAUAGAAAUCUCUUGCAGCAAGAGAGAAGAUGGGAAAUCUUUCCAUAGUUCUAUUCAGCAGGAACCUGAAGAGGAUUUACGGCAUAUCAUUUGCAAAUUACAAGAAGAACUAAAUGAUAAAAAUAACAUAAUAUCACAAAUACAAGAAAACUAUGAUGCAUUGCUAAUGAAGUAUGCAGAUGCAGAAAAUAGAAUUGACAGGUUAAGAUUUAAGGUAAUUGAUUCAUCUGUUGAAGAAAUAAGAUCCCAUAGAACACAAGAUGAUUUCAGUAUAUGGAACAAUGAACAUAGCAAAAGCUCUUUAGUAAAUCAGUCAUAUUCUGAAAGAGCUGGUUUUCAUGAUCGUAAUUUACAUUUGAGGCGAAAUCUCUUCCAACGUUCAUUUCUUUCAGGCAGUAGUAGUCUGCCUUCUGCUGCCAACAUGAGACCAAAUGGCCAAGAGAACUUUCUCAGAAACCUUAGUAAUGAUGCCAAUUUCACACCUGAACUUAAGACGUCAUCAGAUUUCCUUGCAGUAAAUAGAAGACUGCAGGAGGACAUAGCUUUGCCAUUUUUGGCCAUUAGUACUCCCAAUCAUAGUUUCAGCAAGCCAGAAUCCUCAGCAGAAUUCCAACAAUUGAGUUUGAGAGAAAGUGUUACAGAACUUGAAAACAUGGAGGACAAAGCGUCAGUAAACUGUACAGAAGACUGUGUCAUGAGAAGAGAAGAAGAAAAUCUUUCUUCUGAAGAUAUUUUGCUGAACUCUCACAUCCCACAUAACUUGUCUUUGGGAGAGACUAAGAAUAUAGUCAGGAGUGGUGACCAAGAGACAAUUGCAAACAUCUGCAGUGUUGUUUCUGACCGAUUGAGGGAAACGAAGUCAUUUUUCUCGAAAGAUUUUUCUGAUAGUGAGGAACACAAAGCAAGUUCCUCAGAGAACUCAAUUUUAAAGGUAAAGCAGUGGCAGGAAUCCUUACCACCACCAGAACAAAUAGAGCCUAGUUGUUAUGACACAUUGCCAAAUAACUGCUGUAACAGUAUCAAAGAAACUUCUAAAAAUGAUUCUACAAGAAAAGCAAAAAGAGGAAACUCAAAGACAAAAAAACAUUAUGAUACUGAAUUUACUUGUCUGGAAGAAAUGAAACUUCCUAAACCUGUUCCUCAUCAGAUUCCAUUUGCCUUUGCAGAACACAGAAAGGAUUCUCCAAACGGUAAAAACUUGCUUACCAACAGAUCAUUCUCAAAAAAUUUAAUCACCAACAUUGGUUUAAGUUACAAACAAUUCUUUCGAAGUGAACCAGACCUACGACUGAUUAUGAACAAGUCCAGUGUCGACAAGGAAGCAAAAAGUCACUUUGGAAACAUUAUGAAAAUUAGUUCUCAUAGAAUGGCUACAAACACUACAACCAAGAAAACUGGAACAAAGACACUGCCUGGCACUUAUUGUGAAAUUAAGCCUCUUCGGGUUGAACCUUGUUAUUGUUGGGAUAAAAGUGCAUUGGAUGUAGAGAAUGAGUCCCAUUUGAAACACUGUGACAGUUCCAUAAUGUUGCAAGAGAAUAACAUUUCAGAACAUACUGUACCUCACCUAAAACUUGGAGAUUUCAGGGAUAUAAAGAUGAGUAACUUGAAACAGAAAAUGGAUGUAAAUGAUAUCCAUAAUAGCGACAUACCAUCUUUCGUGUACUCACCCAGUACUAGUAUGUCGUCUACUGCAGUUUAUUCUGGCUGUAAACAUAAGGAUGUAGGGAAAGAUGUGAAAACUUUUGAUGAUUCUUCAACGUCAUACAAAAAUAUACAACGUAGAUGUACCUCAGUUAACAAAAGACCACAUGGUACUGUGGGCUGUUCGAAAACAGACAGUAACCAGUACAAAUCUGCUCAGAAUGGAUCUUGCCCAUGUGUGUGUCAAAUGGAUAAUUUGUGCCAUAAUUGUAAAAAUAUUGAACAACACAAGAAAUAUGUGUUGAGUACACCAUAUUGUGCAGCUAAUAGUUUUUGGUGUAACUGUUGCAGCCAUGUUGUCCCAAAGCACAGCUGUGGGGUUAAUACUGAGACUACUUUACAUACCAGGAUGCCAGAACACACAUCACACAAGUAUUCAUUAGUUCAUUCUUUCUGUAGCUGUGGUGUCAACACAGAUAAGAGAGAUCUUACAGACUCUUCAACAUUUCAUGUUGAAUUUGUUUCCAGUGCGAAUGACACUUCUCAGAAGAAGAAACAUGAUUCGGGUGAUCAUAAUGGGGUUGUAGAUAACAUCUGCAAUAAUUUUAGCAAUAAAAUGCUAUUUGUGCAGCAUUCUCCAUCUGCGACAAAAAUGAGCAGUGAGCAGAGUCCUUCAGCUGUUGCAGCCAUUACAGAUCAGGAUGCCCGUGAUUUGGCGCAGUGUUUGGAAGAAGUAAAUAACAUAGCUAGUCUUCUCAAGGCUCAGUCAGAAUCAAUUAUUGAAGUUGUUACAGCAAAUUUGGCAGACCACGUAGGAAGUGGAGAGACUAGAGUUUUUGAUGUAUCUGGUAUACCUUAAGCUUUUUACUAUUGAUUUUACAAAUAUUUAUUGUAUAUCAGUAUUACUAUAAAAUGAUAUUGUAGAUUAUUGUCUUGCUUAUCUUAGAUUUUUCACCAUCUGGAAUUGGUUGUUAAUCCUAAUCUGAAAUUUAAUUAUGUAGAAAAGAUAGAAAAAAAACUUGUGCUGUUUUGAAUUUGGGUGAGUGGAGGCAUGAACGUAAUGCUUACUGGUGUUAAACUGUUGUUUGGGCACUACUGGCCACAAAAAAAUCAAAGAAAUUACUAUUAUAAUAAAGUCUCACUUAACUAUGUGAUAUACCAAAGAAGUUAAAGUAUUACAAAAAUCAUUGUAUUUAUCCAGGUGUGGUAACUACAGUUUCACACACGGGUUAUUUAUGUUUAUAACAUUGAGGUAUGUGAAUAAACAGUGCCAACAUGACAUUUGAUAAAGCAUAGUGUAAGAAAAAGGGACAAAGGAACUUUCUUUAGGCUUUCAUGGAUUUAGGUUGACCUUUUGUUUUACAUUUUAUGGAGAAGUGAGAGAUUUCAGAUUAAGGUAGUCUUCUGUUAAGGGCGUGUAAAAGAAUAACUUUUCUUUUUUGAAUCUGAAAUGGACCUGCAUGGUUUAUGUAGGUUCCAAGUGAUGUAAGAAUUCAGUGAUCAGAUUUAAAGACAUGAAAAAAGUUGUACCAACAUUUUAAAAAAGUGACUAUUUUAUUUCAAUUUUUUGUCAUUUCCUCCAUUACACUGUUAGACUUGCCUUCAACACCUUGGCACUUUGUGAUGGGCCACUAUUUAGUUUCAAACAGUUACAAAAACGUUUUAGAGGUGGCAAAGUGAAGUGUGUUUUAUAUUGCAAUUCGACACAUUUAGCGUUUGCCAUUCGUACAGUAAAUAUUCCUUGUGCAGUACUGCUGUAAUGGUUCGUAGUGUUUUUCCCCCUAUACGAAUGCGCAAAGUAAAACUUCUAAUAUUUCUGGUGCCAUAUUUUUUAGGCAUUAAAAAUUAACAUAAUUUGCAUGUAUCCCAGCAAAGAUGUGAAAAUAAUUAGAACAAAAACUGAGGACACAGUUUCUCAGCAUAUAUUGGAUCUCUAUCCAUCAUAUCAGAUUCAUACUUCUGCUCUUCCAGCACAAAUUAUCUCACUGUUUUGUAACUGCUGAAAACACAGCAGUCACGAACUAAAGUGGGUCACCACUCUACUAAUUUUAAUUUGUGGAAAUUGAUGUAUCAUGUCCGAAUAGCUUGUGGAUGGUGAAUGAGCACCAUUGUAUAUAAAGGCAUCAACCGUCGUUCAACAUAAGUUCACCUUGUUGCAGAACCUAUAAACAAGCCUCACUCACAACUCAUUUUCACGUUGUGAUUAGGUACAACUAUUAGUCUUUUACAGGUGCCAAGUAAGCAGUAUGUGGUAUGCAUUUACCAUUAAUAUUGUUUAAAAAUAUGAUACUUAAAGUUCCUUGUGGCCUUCAGGGGGAUAACAGCACAGUUUAAACAUGACAAAGUUCCUCGCCCUCACAAGUAAGCUUUUAAGCUUGCACUCUGCUCACCAGAGGUUAAAUUUUUUUUCCCUCACCCACUAUAUGUGUACAAUUAAGACUGAUAAAUCAGAACAGUAUUAUGAUUGUGAUAUGUUUUUAAAAUACUAUUUAUUCAAAAGA